AUGGACGGGUUCGUGGUUAAACUACCCCGCGGGCAGGCGGGGGAUGGCGGCGGCGGGAAGAGGCCGCGGCUGGAGGAGCCCGGCCCGGGGCGGCCGCCGCCGCGGGAGAUCCGUGCCGAGGGGCUCAGCUGCGAUUACCGCAUCCUUUUCGGCAAGGCCGAGGCGGAUGAGAUCUUCCAGGAGCUGGAGAAGGAGGUGGAGUAUUUCGAAGAUGACAUGACAAAACUGCACGUAUUUGGCACGUGGCACAAGAUUCCCAGGAAGAAGGUCACAUAUGGAGACCCUGGCUUGUCCUACACGUACUCAGGGGUCACAUUCCACCCUAAGCCGUGGAUCCCAGUGCUGACCCGGAUCCGGGAGCGCGUCACCUCGGAAACAGGGCACACCUUUAACUUCGUCCUCAUCAACAGGUACAAAGAUGGCCUGGACCACAUCGGGGAGCACCGGGAUGAUGAGAAGGAGCUGGUUCCCCGCAGCCCCAUCGCCUCCGUGUCCUUCGGAGCCUGCCGGGAUUUCGUGUUCCGGCACCGGGAUCAGCGGGGCAAGGGAGGGAUGCCAGGCACAGGCAGGAUCACCCUGCAGCUGGCCCACGGCAGCCUGCUCCUCAUGAAGCACCCCACCAACCUCUACUGGUACCACAGCCUGCCCCCACGCAGGAGGGUGCUGGCCCCCAGGGUCAACCUCACCUUCAGGAAAGUCCUGCCCGCGGCCAAGCAGGGAAAUGUUCAGCCAUCGGGGCCUUUGGGCUCUGAAAAGUGAAGUUUUAGUUCCUGCUGGAACCGUGGGAUUCCCCUGUGGUGAUCCAAGGGACUGGAGGAGCAAAUGGACACAAGAAGUUGGGUAAUUUUGCUGCUAAAGCCUUUGACCACUGAUCUCAAUGGUAAGGUUUUUUUCCUCUGGGAAAUGUCCUGCUGAUCCCUAUUUUUGCUGACUGCUACCCUUGUUUUGCUCUCAGCUGAUCUUUAUCUAAGCGGUGUUCCAAGAAGAUGGAAAUGCUCCAUAGCCUGGAGGCAGCAGUUUAUAAACACUGUGAGCCACAAGCUGUGAUCAUUUAAAGCUGGUACUCUACAGGUGAUGCUGUCACUGA